AUGAGACCAUGUUCAUUGCCGACACGGUCAUGGCGACGCUGCUUCCACGACUACUUUGUCACGCACCUGCCGCAAUCGUCGCUGCACCCGGACUCGAACCACAAGCUUCCGCGCCAUGUUGCCGCCCCUCACGACAAGGCUUCCGGUAGACAGCCCGCCACCCUAUCGCCCGUGGGACGCGACACGACCGUCGUGAGGAUUCCCCUCAAGUCGGCAAAACACCACUAUGGAGUCUCUUGCUUGCGAGGAGGCCGUCCGCACAACGAAGACACGCACCAAGCCGGCACCAUCGAGUUACCCGCCUUCGCUAAACGUCAGCCCGUCAGCUUGACCCGCGCAAACAGGCCCUUGCAAGAGACUGGUGCUGCCAGCGAAAGCGGCGAUCCACAGGUCUUCUACUUUGGAGUCUUCGAUGGCCACGGCGGUGCUCAAUGCGCCGAGUUCUUGAGAGAUCGACUGCACACCUAUCUGGAAGACUCGGCCACCAAGUUCCACAUGGAGAGCAGCCUGCAAGAGCCAAAAGAUGCCGACAUUGGUCACAAGCAACUUCUCGACCUGCAACGCAACCUGGUCAAUACUUGGAAAGACACCGUCGGUGGCUAUUUUCGACGCUUCCGUCCUCAGUACUUCAGCAUCUUCAAACCGACCGCGAGCACUGACGAGCAGCCUACUGCUGUCAACUCUAUUCAAGCUACCUUGAUGUAUGCUUUCUUACAUGCCGACAUGGACUUUACUGCAGCUCAGGCUUCAAAGCACUCACCCUCUCUCCCUUCCUCGACAGACGAUCCUGUCUUGAGCGACAGGCCCCUCAACGACAACGACGUCCUCUCCUCUCCCGCCAAACCUGCCUCGCAAAAUCUCUCAAACGUCCUCAAUCGCCCUAUAGGCGGGCACACGCGUUUCCAGGGCGGUUCCACAGCCUCAAUAGCCUUGAUCUCCACCCCAACUCCUACACCUUUUUGGAAUCCAGCAUCUCCAGCCACAAUCGUGACAGCCCACUGCGGCGACACUCGCAUCCUCCUCUGUCGUGUCAGCGAUGGUAAAGCAGUACCAUUGACCACAAACCACCAUCCAUCCACUCCAGUCGAAGCGACCCGUCUUCGUCGCUUCGCCGCAACUUUUGUAACUGACAGUUUCGGUGAGGAGCGCAUUCUCGGUCUCGCAAACACCAGGUCUUUUGGCGACAUCAGCUCAAAACGCAUAGGCGUCUCUGCAGAACCUGAAAUUCGCAUGACCCAUAUGGACCCCAGUGAAUACAGCUUCCUGGUUCUCAUUUCCGAUGGCGUGACUGCAUCCUUGGAAGAUCAAGAGAUUGUCGAUAUCGUCAAAGAAGCAAAGACGCCUGAAUCUGCUGCCAAGGAGUUGGCCACAUUCGCAACUGAAGUUGCCGGCGUCAGGUCUGACAAUGCUACCGCCGUUGUCGUGCGUCUCGGUGGCUGGGAGCGCAGAGUCGAAGGCGGAGGUGGCAGUAUCGGGACCAAGGAGGUGAGAGACUGGAAAAAGGUUCAAGCCGAAGAUCCUAGAGCAAGCAGGCGGUAG